UUGAAUCAUUGAAUGCAGGCAUACGCAGAAAUCACAGCGGGGACAGAGGGAUCCAACCCAGCCUUCAUCACCAUCUGCUUCCUUUUGACUGCCAUCAAGAUCAUUGUGGCAUACAUACAUAUCCUCAUUUACUCUGCUACAGGUGUACAUAACAUGCAUGUUGUCAGAGAGGGCUAUGAGAGCAGGCCGCCACCAGGUGGCUGCCACACUCAAACUGCUUCUCUUCCUGGAAUGAAUCAAACUAUCAGAGCACCUCCCUCUUCUUCCUGCUUUCAAGCCAUUUCCCUCAGUCCACGUUCUCCACGCCCCUGAUCUGCCAGUGUACACAUGGGUGUAACCAAGAUACUGUGUUAUAAGGAAGUACAUUUAUUCGACUUCAGUCAUCAGCUGAAAUGGCGCAACGAGGGACUGAGCAGGAAAAACUCCACUGUUCGAUCUGUCUGGAUCUACUGAAGGAUCCAGUGACUAUUCCCUGUGGACACAGCUUCUGUAUGAACUGUGUUAGAAGCUACUGGGAAGAACAGGAUCAGAAGAAAAUCUGCAGCUGUCCUCAGUGCAGACAGACCUUCCAACCGAGCCCUGCCCUGAUGAAAAACACCAUGUUAGCAGAUUUAGUGGAGGAGCUGAAGAAGACUGGACUCCAAGCUGCUCCAGCUGAUCACUGCUACGCCGGACCUGAAGAUGUGGCCUGUGAUUUCUGCACUGGGAGGAAGCUUAAAGCUGUCAAGUCGUGUCUGCAGUGUCUGGUCUCUUACUGUGAGCAGCACCUCCGGCCUCACUAUGACUCUCCUGCCUUUGAGAAACACAAGCUGGUCGACCCCUCCAAGAAGCUUCAGGAGAACAUCUGUACUCGUCACAGCGAGGUGAUGAAGAUUUUCUGCCGCACUGAUCAGCAGUGUAUCUGUUAUCUCUGCUCCAUGGAUGAACAUAAAGGCCAUGACACAGUCUCAGUUGCAUCAGAAAUGACUGAGAAAAAGAAGGAGCUCGAGGUGAGUCGGCAAAAGAUCCAGCAGAGAAUCCAGGACAGAGAGAAAGACAUGAAGCUGCUCCAGCAGGAGGUGGAGGCUGUUAAUGGCUCUGCUGAUAAAGCAGUGAGAGACAGUGAGAAAAUCCUCACAGACAUGAAGCAGCAGAUCAGAUCUCGCCAGAAGACUGAAGUGACUCACAUCAGCAAGCUUCAGGAGAAGGUAGAGCAGGAGAUCGCUGACCUGAAGAGGAAAGACGCUGACCUGGAGCAGCUCUUACACCUGGGGGAUCAAACCCAGUUUCUGAACAAUUACACCCUGCUGCCGCGUCUUAGUGAAGCUUCAGACUCACUCAGCAUCAACACACGUUCUCAGUCUCACACCGAGGGUGCGACCGCAGCUGUGUCAGAGGUCAGAGAUAAAUUACAGGCCAUUCUGAGUGACGUAUGGAGCAAAACCUCACUGACAGAAGCUGGAGUAGACAUUUUACUACCACAGUCAGAGCCAAAGACAAGAAGUGAAUUCUUACAAUAUUCACGUCAACUCACACUGGAUCCAAACACAGCACACGAUUGUUUAUCUUGUAAGAGUAGCCGUGCACAUCAUAACCAUUAUGGUGUAUGUCACAGGCCAGGAUUUCCCCAACAUCCAGACAGAUUUAUUAGCUGGUCUCAGGUUUUGUGUAGAGAACACCUGAGUGGACGUUGCUACUGGGAGGUGGAGUGGAGUGGAUGUGAAGUUUUUGUAGCAGUGGCAUACAAGGAUAUUAGCAGAGAAGGAAGAGAAAGUGUGUUUGGAAACAAUGUGAAGUCUUGGGCCUUACAGUGUUUCAGUGAUAGUUUUGAAUUCAGACAUAACAACAUCAGAACGUCCAUCUCAGGUCCUCCAUCCUCCACGAUAGGAGUGUACCUGGAUCAUCAUGCAGGUAUUCUGUCCUUCUACAGCAUCUCUGACACCAUGACUCUCCUCCACAGAGUCCAGACCACCUUUACUCAGCCACUCUGUCCUGGACUUGGUUUGUUUUAUAAUAGAGCCUAUGCUGGAAUGUGGGGAGACAUGGAAGACUGAAAACAACAGACACUCGUUCAGAGGUCUUGUGUGCAGUGCUCUGUCUCACAUCAGCCCUGGUCAUGACCACUGCUAUGAUAUAAUAUAAUAUAACAAUAGCCGGCGAGUUUUAAUCUACUUUCAUCUUUAAAAAUGUUAUUGCUAAUUAUUCAAUUAUUAAGCUUGUUUAUUACAUUUUAUAUCAUAAACUAAUAUUAUGAUUCAAUUAUUAUAAUCAAUUAGGUAAAAUGUUUGUAUAAUAUGUAAACAGUUUGAAAAAUCUUGAUAUAUACUUAGUUGGGAAAAUAGGCGGAGAACUGAGUGAGUUAUAAUCAAGCAAGAAAAACACAUUCAUUAUUUUAUACAAUUGUGUGGUGAGAUAAUAACUUUUGAUGUGUUUUGCUGUAAACUAUGGUUUAUUGUGAGAGCCCUGUAAUAUCUGAAGGACAGGACAGCAGUAGAGGUUUUUAAAAACAAGUCUUUGUGAUAAAUGACCUUAUAAAUACAUACGUCAUGUUUGAAUGGACUGCUUUGAUUCGCCAUUCGUAGAGAAUGAUUUCUUUCCUCAUCAAUAUCACCAUGUAGACUUGUCUGAAUGAACCUGUUGUAAUGAUGUGCCUGUUGUGAUUAUUGAGCCUGUAACCUUGUGUGUGUGUAUAUGUUUGUUUCCGGGUCUUUUUUUCUGUUGCGUGCCUAAACGAGUGGCACCAAGUCAUCACUUUUUUAUAGGGGGCAACCAUAACUAGGGGUGCCAUAUUUUGAAACACAGAAGCAUAGAGUUUUUAAUUUGUUUUAUUUCUAACACACAUCGUAUAGCCCACAUAUUCAACAUAAUCAUCUUCCCCCUGAUUUGUGUUGUAGUUUUAUAAAUUAUUGUGUCAAAUCCUACUCUUCUUUGUACAUUGUUCAUCCAUCAUUUUUAAUCACAAGAGAAUGAUCUUCACUGACUGCCAUAUUUUUGCCUCAACAGACUAAAUAAACAAACUCUGAAUA